CUUAUUCCGCAGUGUUUAGUUCCUUCAAUUUUAGUUAUGCUGCUAUUAAGCGGAGAAAGUCGAAUCUUGUGUACAUAGCCGGCGUUUCAGUUGGAUUUUUAGAAUUUUUGGCUGAUAAAACCCGAUUGUUGUUAAAACUUAAUAACGUAAUCGCUGGAAGACGACGCCAGUAUUACAGGAAUGAAAGGUUUUAUGGCCAAAGUUCGGUAUGUUUUCGCCGUGAUGGUUAUCACUGGUUCCGCACCCAAUUAUUUUCUGUUAUGGGCUUUGUGGCGAGGUAUUUCUCUGUUUAUGCCACACUGGAAGUACCAAGAUGGUGAUGAUUUUCUUUACUCAAUGUACCAAAGGAUGGUGAUUUUUUUCUUUGAACACUGCACUGGUCAAAAAGUUUACUUUACUGGAGAUGCUGCAGCCAUUUUUAGCAAGAAAGAAAAUGUUCUCUAUCUAGGUAACCACCAGUCUACAGUUGAUUGGAUUGUGUGUAACAUGGUUGCAAUCAGACAAGGAAGCAUAGGUCAUCUGAGAUAUGUUAUGAAGGACACACUCCAAGCUUUACCUUUGUAUGGUCAUUAUUUCUAUCAGCAUGGUUGCAUUUAUGUGAAACGAGGAGAUUUCAAGCAAAAAAAAAUGGAAUCAGCACUAGAUUAUUUGAAAGACCCAAAAAUUAAGUCAUGGACAGUGAUAUUUCCUGAAGGAACUUGUUUUGCCCCAAAUGAAUAUGACCUCAUUAAAAAAUCUAACAAGGCAGCUGAUGAUAAUGGAUUGAAACCACUCGUCAAUCACUUGACUCCCCGGUACAGAGGCUCAUUUCUUGCGCUCGCUAAAUUACGAAGUAAUUUGGACGCAAUUUAUGAUGUUACAUGCGUCUAUUCCGGUUCCGUGAAUGAUAAAAAAGAAAGAAUUCCGGCACCCGAAUUGAUAGAUUUUCUCCUUGGGAAAAAUAGUGAAAUGUAUAUUCAUGUGAGGCGCAUUCCUAUAGAAGAUGUACCGGAAGACGAAGCCCAGUUCAAGAGCUGGAUGCAUAGUUUAUUCACUGUGAAGGAUGAGCUUGUAUCGCGAUUUUACCAAGAUGGGUACUUCCAAAAGGAUGUGGAACUAAAAACUGUAGAGAAUCAUUAUGCUCUUCCCUAUACUGCUACAGUACCAAGUUUCCUGUUUUUCGUACUAUCUUUCUUGCCUUUGGUACUCUUCCCUGAGCUGAGGCUUCUGUGGUUGCAGGGUAUUCUGUUAUCCACGGUAUGUGGAUACUUGGUACUUGCUAUCAAAUCCGUUUGUUAAGUCUUCAUAAUUGUGACGUUCAGCCUUUCCGCAAACGAACCGCCAAUUUUUCUGCCAAGACUUCUCACGUUUGUGAUUACCCUUACAUCUUAUGACUGGCUUAGAACGAUAUCGUGGGAAUAUACUAUAUAGUGUUUUUUUUUUGUUGCUCACCUAGCUGUGACAGCGUAUCAUUGUUGCACCAGAAAAAUAUCUGUAACAAUGAUAAACAUGAAUUUAACAUCAAGAAAAAUAUCUAGCGAUAAGACUUAAAUAAUGGUCGUCUCAUAGAAAUAACAAUGAAAACAAAAAUACAUAAUACUCCUGUA